AUGGUGCAUCCUAAGAAGAUUGAGGCAGUUAAAGAUUGGGUCAGACCAACUACAAUUACUGAGAUUCGGAGUUUCUUAGGCCUUGUUGGUUAUUAUAGACGGUUUGUAGAGGGUUUAUCAUCUAUUGCAUCACCAUUAACUAGAUUGACACAGAAGGAAGUGACUUUUCAGUGGUCUGACGAGUGUGAGGUUAGUUUCCAAAAGCUCAAGACUUUAUUGACUACUGCUCUGAUUGUGACGCUACCCGUGGAGGGAGAGGGUUUUGUUGUAUAUUGUCAUGCUUCUUGGAUUGGUGUUCGCGGAUCAUCGUCGCCUCCAAUAUAUAUUCAAUCAGAGGGAUCUGAAUUUGAUCCAUUGGAGAUGGUUGGAGUAUUUCAAGGACUACGACAUGACUAUUCUUUAUCAUCCAGGCAAGGCAAAUGUUGUAACAGAUGCCUUGAGUCAAAAGGCGAACCUCGUAAGGUGUUGGCUUUUAUGGGGGCUAAGUCAUCCUUGUUGGAACAAAUUCGGGCUCAACAGUUUGAUGAUGGUGAUUUAUGUAAGAAUAGAUACAAGGUGUUAAAAGGAGAAUCCAAGGCUGCAAUUCUUGAUAGUCAGGGAUUUUUGAGGAUUAUAGGUCGUAUCUGUGUUCCUCGGACAGUUGAUUUGACUAGAUUGAUCAUGGAGGAGGCCCAUAGUUCGAGGUACUCUAUUCAUCCAGGGGCUACUAAGAUGUAUCAUGACUUGAAGCAACAUUAUUGGUAG